CCCGCCAAUCUCCUUUUAUCAUCUCCCCUCAAAACCCUAACUUUUUUCUCACAAAAUUCCAGAUAAUUUACCUCCGUAAUUCAAAUAAAAUGCCUGUGCAGUUGACAUCUAACGGUAUUCCGGUGAUUCUUGCCGGCGACAUGAAUUCGAAGCCGUUGCUACAGGUAUUAGAUAUCAAGCUCAUCGGCUCCGCACAGGAAAGGUACCGUUUUGUUCUCUCCGAUUCCGUUUCGAGUCAGCAAGCAAUGCUUGCUACUCAGCUUAAUGACCGAGUUAAAACCGGCGCCGUUCGUAAAGGAUCCGUUGUUCAACUCAUCGAGUACAUUUGCAGCAAAAUUCAAAAUCGCAAGAUUAUUGUUGUCCUUAACAUGGAAACCAUUAUACCCGAUUGUGAAAUUAUCGGGAACCCAAAGAUAUAUGCUGAAUCUGACACCGUGGGUCCCAAUCCAAUUUCCAAUGGCAUCCCUCAGCCUCAGCGCACAGCAAUACCCUCUAGCAAUCAUUCAAGUGCCACAAAUAUUAGUAACAACAGUCAAACCUUCCGACCAACUGUUCAACCUGCAUACCAACCACCUCCAAGUUACAAAAGCCACGGGGCAAUCAUGAAAAACGAGGCACCAGCACGCAUCAUCCCGAUUGCUGCUCUUAACCCGUACCAAGGUAGAUGGGCUAUUAAAGCAAGAGUUACUGCAAAAGGAGAUCUCCGUCGCUACAACAAUGCCAAGGGUGAUGGAAAAGUCUUCUCUUUUGACCUCCUGGAUUCAGAUGGAGGGGAAAUACGUGUCACCUGUUUUAAUGCUGUUGUUGAUCGCUUCUAUGAUGUUGUUGAAGUUGGGAAAGUCUACACGAUAUCAAAAGGAAGUUUAAAACCGGCCAAGAAAAACUUCAACCAUCUGAAUAAUGAAUGGGAGAUUUUCCUGGAAUCAUCUUCUACCAUAGAUCUAUGCCCAGAUGAAGAUAAAUCGAUACCACAACAGCAAUUUUCAUUCAGACCCAUCAGUGAGAUCGAAACGGCUGAGAAUCAUUCAAUCGUAGAUGUCAUUGGUGUUGUAAUAUCAGUCAACCCUUCUGUUCCUAUCUUACGAAAAAACGGAAUGGAAACUCAAAGAAGGAUUCUAAGCCUAAAGGAUCAAUCAGGUAAAAGUGUAGAACUAACACUUUGGGGGGAGUUCUGCAAUAGAGAAGGUCAAAAACUUCAAGAAAUGGUCGAUUCUGGGUUUUCACCUGUUUUAGCUGUAAAAGCCGGAAAAGUUAACGACUUCACGGGAAAAUCGAUUGGGACUGUUUCAUCCACUCAACUAUUCAUCGCUCCAGAUUCUCCAGAAGCCAACAAUCUGAGAUCCUGGUUCGAUAGAGGCGGCAGAACUAUCGCUUCACAAUCCAUCUCCCGAGAUUUGCCUGCCGGGUCUAAAAACGAAAAACGUAAAACCGUGUCUCAGAUCAAAGACGAAGGCCUUGGGAGAUCAGAUAAACCCGACUGGGUCACCGUAAAAGCAACCAUAACUUUCAUUAAAACCGACAACUUUUGCUACACUGCCUGCCCGUUAACAAUCGGAGAUCGACAGUGCAACAAGAAAGUAACGAAGUCCGGGAACUCAAAAUGGCAAUGCGACCGCUGCAACCAAGAAUUCGAAGAGUGUGAUUACCGAUAUCUUCUUCAAUGUCAAGUCCAAGAUCAUACUGGAUUAACAUGGGUGACUGCUUUUCAGGAAUCUGGUGAAGAAAUCUUGGGCUGCUCUGCCAAGGACCUCUACAUGAUAAAAUAUGAAGCAAAAGAUGAUGAUUAUUUCGCAAAUAUAAUUAAAAGCCGCCUGUUUGCAGAGGUACUUCUGAAGCUCAAAAUCAAAGAAGAAAUCUACGGUGAAGAACAGCGGGUCAAAAUAACUGUCGUUAAAGUAGACAAGGUGAGUUACUCUUUCAACACCAAAUUUCUGUUAGAUUUAAUCCCAAAAUUUAACCAGCAUCCAGGUCAAUUUAAUUGAUCUGCCAAGUUUUUACAUUUUUAUAUUCAACAUUUACGUUCAGACUUGCCACUUCAAUUGAAAUAUAUCAAUUAUAACAUGAAUUGUUGCA